AUGGAAGUGAAAGAGGAGAGUCAAGCUGAAGUGGAUGAGAAACAUCAGAUUGUAAAAAUAAACCAUAAUGUUUCACAGAAAGAAACUCUGAAGACAGAAGACAUAAAGUGUGAAAAUAGUUUCACUGAAGAUGAACGCCCUGCAGAUCACAAGAGGACUCACAGUGAGAAGAAACCUUUCAGAUGUCAACAGUGUGGAAAGAGUUUUAGAAGAAAAGCUCACCUUAAAGCACACAUGAGGAUUCACACCAGAGAGAAACGACACGCAUGCCAUGAGUGUGGAAAGAUUUUUACAAGUGCAGUUAACCUUACGAUACACAUGAGGUCUCACACUGGAGAGAAACCUUACACUUGUCAUCAAUGUGGAAAGAGUUUCUCUGUUGAAAGUAACCUUAAGAUACACACCAGGAUUCACACCGGAGAGAAACCGUUCACAUGCCAUGAGUGUGAAAAGAGUUUCAGAACUAAAUGUAGCCUUAUAACACACAUGAAAAUUCACAAAAGAGAGAAACCUCACGUGUGUUUUUAUUGUGAAAAGCGUUUCAGUGAUAAACAUAGACUUGAGACUCACAUGAGAAUUCACACUGGGGAGAAACCCUUUAACUGUGAUCUGUGUGGAAAGAGUUUCACCUUUCAAUCGAGCCUUAGCCGGCACAAGAAAAUUCACAGGGGGGAAAUGUUAUAUGCAUGCCAACAUUGUGAAAAGAGUUUCCGAGACAAAAGUAACCUUAAGAUACACAUUAGAGUUCAUACUGGAGAGAAACCUUACACUUGUCUUCAGUGUGGAAAGAGUUUCAGAACAAAAUCUAUCUUUGAAGCACACAUGAGGAUUCACACCGGAAUGAAACCACAUCCGUGCCAUCAUUGUGAAAAGAGUUUCAGAGAUAAAAGUCAACUUAAGAUACACAUUAGGGUUCACACUGGAGAGAUGCCAUUUACAUGUCAUCUGUGUGGAAAGAGUUUCAAUUUUCAAUCGAGCCUUAGCCGGCACAAGAAAGCUCACAGGGGGGAUAUACCAUUUGCAUGCCAGCAUUGUGACAAGAGUUUUGCAGAUACAAGUGAACUUAAGAUACACAUUAGAGUUCACACCGGAGAGAAACCUUACACUUGUCAUCUCUGUGGAAAGAGUUUCAGAACAAAAGUUAACCUUAAAGCACACAUGAGGAUUCACACUGAAAAGAAAAGACACCCAUGCCAUCACUGUGAAAAGAGUUUUACAGCUGCAGUUAACCUUAAGAUACACAUGAGGUCUCACACUGGAGAGAAACCUUACACUUGUCAACAAUGUGGAAAGAGUUUCUCCAUUGAAAGUAAUCUUAAGAUACACACAAGGAUUCACACCGGAGAGAAACCGUUCAAAUGCCAUGAGUGUAAAAAAUGUUUCAGAAUUAAGUGUAGCCUUAUAGCACACAUGAAAAUUCACAAAGAAGAGAAACCUCACAUGUGUUUUUAUUGUGGAAAGAGUUUUAGUGUGAAACAUAGACUUGAGACUCACAUGAGAAUUCACACUGGAGAGAAACCUUACAGAUGUCAUGUGUGUGGAAAGAGUUUUACAACUGCAGAUAAACUUAAGAUACACAUGAGGACUCACACUGGAGAGAAACCUUACACUUGUCAACAGUGUGGAAAGAGUUUCUCUAUUGAAAGCAACCUUAAGAAGCAUGAAAAAAUUCACGCUGGAGAGUAGUGUUGUCACGGUACCAAAAUUUCAGUUGUCAGUUCCGAUACCAGUACAAAUUUACGGUUCUCCGUACCAAUUUCAGUACCAAAGCAAAACACAGAAACAUGCUAAUUAAACACUAUUUUAUUAAUAAAGUUAAAUGUUAAUAAGCGCAUUGCUAUUCGGUAUAAAAUGCAUUUGUUGCUGAAAGGUUUCAGCAGCUGUUGUCUGUGUGUGUUUGCUGGGGUCCUUCAUGCUGAUGAACAUCAUCCUCUGAUGCUUUAAAAGACAAAUACAAAAACAUUAAAUAAGACAACUGGUUGAACAUAGAUGCAUAUAUAAUAUUAGAUGACUGGCACUAAAUAACUGUUUUUAAAUAACAAAACUGAUAUAUAUUACAUUUACAAAAAAACGACAUAGAUUUAAGUACCUGCAUGCAUAAAACGACUAACAUUGCUAGCUGAACAUUCAUUACUUUCUACCACAAGAAUUUUGUAUAUACACAUGUCAUCAGAAAGAGAAAAAGUGUUUUCUCAUUUAUUU